AAAUCAAACACCCCUCCAGAACAAAUGUGCUCACUGGCCCUUGAGACAAUCAAUGUCAACUAUCCUGGAGAUCAAUGGCUUCAAGUCUUCACUGAUGGUUCGGACAUAGAAAACCAAGCAAACGUUGGUGCUGGUGUCUAUUCUGAACUCUUCUCUUUCUACGCAGCAGUGGAACAUAAUAGAUUCGCCUUCGAAGCUGUGAUACUUUCGGACUAA